GUGUUGGUCGUAUGUCCCGGGAGUUCACUAGCUGGGCCACCCAGAAUGGGCUCAAAACAGACUCGACCUACAUCUGCGACGACAGGACAUCAGGCAGGUGUCUCCGGGCAUCCCGCAACAUCCGCAAGGGCGAGAAGCUCCUCUUCUGUCCGCCUCGGUUCAUCAUCAACAACCAGUUCAUAAUCGGCAACACCAAAGUUGGAAAAUACGUGAUGCAGUAUCCACAGGAGCUGGACCCCAUGCAACUUAUGAUGGCAUUUCUCAUUCUGGAGUUUGACAAAGGAGACGAAUCCAGUUUCAAACCGUUCAUUGAUAGCCUGCCGAAGAAGUUUUCUCUUCCAGUUGUGUGGAACCAAAGUCUUGGACAAUUGCUUCCGACAGAAAUGAACAACAAGUAUUCAGACUUUUGCGAGUAUGUGAAUGCUUGCUCCUCGAAGUUGAAACGAAUGGCAGACGAAUAUAAUCUGAAGAUCAGUUCGAAUGAUAUAAUAUGGGCAUUUUGUUGUGUGAACACUCGGUGUUUCUACGUUGCAGAACACAUGAAUCCACUCCUCGACUGCGCGAAGAUCAAGAACAACAUGGUUCUGAUUCCAUACCUGGACAUGUGUAAUCACAGUCCGAAUGUCGCCACUGAUUAUGAUGUGAAUGUUGACGGGUGUGAUAUAUUUGCUACAAGUGACAUCGAACAAGACUCGGAGAUCUUUCUGCAUUAUGGGGCGCAUAACAAUUACGUGCUCCUCAUCGAGUAUGGGUUCGUGGCCUCGAGCAAUCCACAUGAUUGCGUGAUCUUCACUCGUGAAGAUCUGAUUUCAGCGUUAGGAAGCUUCAGUGACAAGUUGGAACCUUCGAAUGAGUUUCGGAAGCUUUGCGGGAAGGAGCUGUUCUUUGUUUCGGAAGGUGAACCAAGUUGGACUCUUAUUACAAUGCUAGCAGCGCUGAAGACGAACGACUUCGACUUCUUCCUGGGCGAGUAUUUCAGAGGAUGUCUCGAGUUUCCGAGACAGCCAAAUUUAUUGCGAAAGGUGUGCGAGUAUAAACGAAAGCAGUACGAGAAGCAAAUAGAACAGUUGAAUAAUUUAACAUCGGAGUCGGAUGAUGAUAAAUGUCAUAGUGGCAUUCUUAGAAGCAUGUUGGAUUCUCGAAUCCAGAUCUUGGACGAUCUUCAGAUCUGAAAGAGAUGAAAAAGAGACGCUAGGUGGAGCCUAGUUGGCACAGCUGCUGUGCUAACUCACCAAGUGUGCCUGUUAGUGUUAGCAACUUGUGCUUGAAUAUCACUUACCAAUUGCCAAAUGAACAAACAAAUCAAUAAACCUUAGUACAAACAGACACACCAAUUGACCUUGGUCGACCUUCGUCCGCCCGACCACCGGACGAAGAUAGUUUGACCUUCAACUAACACUGGUCAGCAGAUUAGUGCUAUUCUCUACUAAACCGACACACAGCAAAGCACGUUAGUUGUGAAUCUUCUCUUCCCGACCGCUUCCAGUGAGAAAGAAUGCUCGAAAUAUUUGCGCGCUUUAUCGUUGAAGCAUUAAUAAAGGCUUUAUUCUUCAUCUUACGUUGCCAAAGAGGCGGAGCUGUUCGCUUAUAGUGGAAAACUGACUAAGAUUGUUUUAUUUAAGAGUCUAAUUAAAUGAUAAGUUAUGUUCAUUUUUCACUUAAGUUCAAUUAUAAUCCAAAAUAAAUUUUUAUCAUUAA